UCUUGUUCAACGGUUGCUUCCCAAACAGGUAAAAAAAAACCGCAGGAAGAAAGCCGUUUCUGGGUCUUGCUCAUGGACAUUUCCCACAGGAACAGGACUCUGCUCAAGGUCAUCGUCCUCGGCGAUAGUGGGGUGGGAAAGACCUCCUUGAUAAAUCAAUACGUCUAUAAAAAGUACAGCCCUCAAUAUAAAGCCACCAUAGGAGCAGAUUUUGUGACCAGGGAAGUACAAGUGGGUGACAAGCUAGCGACUUUGCAAAUUUGGGAUACUGCAGGGCAGGAAAGGUUCCACAGUCUAGGUGCUGCAUUUUACAGAGGAGCAGAUUGCUGCAUUCUUGUGUAUGAUGUCAACACAAAUAAAACCUUUGAGACCCUAAACAAUUGGCACGACGAGUUUCUUAAACAGUCAGAUGCGAACAAUCCUGAAGGAUUUCCCUUUGUACUACUUGGCAACAAGGUUGAUGUAAAUGGUGGACAAACUAGAAUGGUUUCUGAGAAGAAAGCUAAGGAAUGGUGUGCUGCCAGGGGGAAGAUGCCUUAUUUUGAGACCUCUGCUAAGGAGAAUUACAAUGUUGAGGAGGCAUUCUUAUGUGCUGCUAAAACCGCACUGGAAAACGAGCACGAGACGGAAAUAUAUUUUCCGGGAAUCUCGGAAACCGUAUCAGAACCAGAGCAGCAACGAAGUGGUGGCUGUGCGUGCUGAGAAUGGAACCCUGAAUAUUUUAUUCUGUAACUUAGAGGGUUAAGGAUUGGUCAUGUUUUAAUCCCAGAAUAAAUUAGUAUUAAUCAAACUCAACAGCAACGUUCGAAUGUGUUUUAACCCCAGAGAGCGUUAAUGGAGAUACGAAGGUAGUGAAAUGUUAGGUGGCAUGUCAACAAACAUAAAAGUGCGACUCGUGAUAGAACGUGAGUUGCUGCGGUUGUGUUAGGUGGUUUGUGGAUAACUUCAUAACCCACCUGUUUUCCUUCGUCUCCUUUAAUAAUGAUCCGUCAAUUUUUUGGUGUUCCGUGUAUUCAUUUAUUAACCUCUUUUGUCAGAAAUUUUUAUCUGCAUUUAAUUUA